AUGGCGAGCAUAGUGAAGAACAAGCUCAAGGCGGCGCGGGAGGCCAUAGCGAAGAAAGACUACGAAGCCGCACGUAACAAUGCCUCCAUGGUUCUCGAGUUCGAGCCAGACAACUACAACGCGUCAGGCCUGUCGCGAUUUUACGAGCGUACUGCGAACUGGAGAAUGUACGCCGAGGUUCUCCUGCGCAUGGCGCGUCUACAUGCAGACAGUGGAGAUGCCACUAAAUGUGCAGAGAUCAUACAAAGGUAUGUGGAGCUCUGUCGCAGAAUGGGGUCCCGCAUGGAGAUCGUCCAUGCUCUCUGCCUGUUCCUCCCCGACUCCCCGUUUUACCCCGUCCUCUCCACCUUGCCGCAUCCCGACCCUACGAACCCAACCGCCACCACGACCUUCGCCGCGCAGACGGCCGUGCACAAUCCCUUGCCCGUCCUGGAAGAGAUCGUCGCUCUCGUGGAGAAGGAGGAGGAAGACACGUUCCAGCGGGAGUUUGAUAAACGCAGGACGCGGCUGAACGCUGCGGGGCCUGAGCAGCUGAAAAAGGACAUCGGGCGGGAGAUGUGGGGUACUUCGCGGCUACCAGAGCUGUACAACGAGAUCCUGAACCACCCCGACACAUCCGACGAGACCCGCCGUGCGGUGGAGGCGAAGCUUCUCCGGCACAGACAGCGGUACCUGCACGCGCUACCGCUCUCCGACGAGAAGAUUUCAGUCGCGGCAGAGGUGGAGUCUCUCGUCAACGGCGUCGUACUGCUCGGCAUUCCGGAUGAGUUCGCGUGGGUGUACUAUAUCGACGGGAUGGAUAGCGAGACACUGGAGGGGUACGAUUAUGCGGUGCUUUGGAGAUUCGUGGGCUUAUUUCCGGAUGCGCCGCUGGCGAGGCUGUUGAAGGCGUACUUUGCCUACGCUGGGAUACGGAAUUCUGAUGACGAGGAGGAUAAGGACGAAGGCGAGGAAGAGAAAAAAGAAGUCGACACUGCCGCACAGGCCAAAGCGCAGGUGAAGGCUCUUAACCGGAUGACUGAUGCUUUCCCGAGGCUGAAAGAUUCCACGAUCGCGCACCAUAUUAUGGCCACGAUCUAUGUCGAGGAGCAGGAAUACGAGAGCACGAUCAAAGUCGCGGAAUCGGGGUCGGUUUUGCUCAAACGAGUCGCCGACGAGCGCGCUACAGCCCAGCCCAGCCCCAGAAAAGAGAAAGCGCUGAACAUCGCGCUGGCGACGGCCCUCGUGCACCUGUACCCGCCGAAGCAUCAUGCGCGCGCGAUCCCGCUCCUCGACGACAUCCUGGUCAAGGACCCUCGUAACACCGCGUGCUUGAUGGGCCGGGGAUACGUGCUCCAGCACGCGGCCAAGUGGGCAGAGGCGAGCGAGUUCUUCCUCAAGGCUGUUGAGAGCGCCUCUGAGAACCCCGAGGUGCGCAUACGCGCGCAGGAAGAGGCGGCGUGGUGCCAGGUGCAAAUGGGGGAGCUGGAGGGAGCUGCGGAGGCACUUAGGGGUGUGCUGGAGGAGCUGGGGAGUAUGAAAGAUAAGGACGUGGAUAUGGCUCGGUGCUGGUGGAGGCUCGGGAGAUGUCUCUGGGAGACGGGGGAGGACCGCCGUGAAGAAGCAUACCGCAUGUUCAUCACCGCGCUCAAGUCCUCACCGUCCUACGCGCCUGCGUUCACCUCGCUGGGGGUGUACUACGCCGACCACGGGGACCCGACGCGCGCGGCGAAAUGCUUCCAGAAGGCGUUCGAGCUGGACGCGCGCGAGGCGUAUGCAGCGCGGAGGCUCGCGGAGGGUUUUGCGGAGGAGCGGGAGUGGGACCUGGUGGAGGUGGUGGCAAGAAGGACGAUUGAGGGCGAGGGCGGGUUCGAUGCGGCUGCUGGGAGGUAUCUGCCGACGAAUGCUUGGGCGUGGAAGGCGCUGGGCGUGGUGGAACUGAAUCGACGGAAUUAUAGCCAGGCUAUUACCAGCCUGCAGAUUGCUCUGAGGGCUGAUGAGGCGGACGAGCUGUCCUGGCUUCGACUCGGGGAAGCGUACAGCCGAGCGGGGCGCCACGUCGCUGCCCUGAAGGCCUUGGGGAGGGCGCACCAGCUGAGGCCGGACAACUGGAUCUGCUCGUAUCUCAUCGCCGACGUGCAGCGGCAGUCUGCGCAGUAUGACGAGGCCAUCCAGUCUUUCGAGACUAUCUUGCAGGAUCUGCCUUCCGAGCUCGGCGUCAUGUUGUCUCUUGCGCAGACGUAUCUGGACCAUGGGCUCGCUCAGAAUUCCUCGGGAUUCAUUGGAAGGGCGGAGGCGUCGUUCUUGUCUGCGAUAGAGCGAUCUCUCCAGGCGUUGUUCGUCAGCUCCAGCAAUCACGGCGUGGCGUGGAAGACGAUUGCCGAUGCGCUUUUCUACCUCUUCGAGCUGACUUCGUUUGCGGAUUCGGAUCGUGCAAGCAGUCUUUUCUCGCGAGUAGCUGAGUACGCGUCCUCGGACUUCGGGGGUCAUCUUUCCGGCAUCGUAUCGUUGCCUAUCGAGAUUCCAGACGUCCCUGAUGGAAGAACUGCACUGAAGCUUGCGUUGGCUUCGUACAAUCACCGCAUAUCUCUUGGUCUGAAUGAGGCGACUGCCGCGAGUGCGUGGUCCGAUCUUGGUGUCGCUGCAUACGUCUUGUCCUGUAAGUCCCCGAAACCUCAAAUACAAGAGCAUGCACUGCACAGAGCGAUAUCGAGCGUUAAGGAGGCGAUACGCAUCGAGCCUGAUAACGAUAAUUUCUGGAACACGCUAGCCAAUAUGCACUUCGUGAAGCAACCCAAGGUCUCGCAACAUGCAUACAUCAGAGCACUGGAGAUCAAUUCCAAGGAUGCCGUUACUUGGACGAAUUUAGGUCUGUUAUACCUGUACAACAACGAUCCGGACCUGGCAAAAGAGGCAUUAUCAAGAGCUCAGACUCUCGAUCCGGAUCAUAUUCUGGCCUGGCUUGGGCAAGCACUCCUUGCAAUGUCCACCGGGAGGGACGCGGAAGCGAGGGCUUUGUUCGAGCACGCGGUGGGAUUGUCUGCGGAUGUACCGGAAGCGGACCUUGAAUAUGCGGAGAGGACGUUCAAGAGACUGUCAUCUGUGUCGCAGCGACAACAGUCUUACUUGGAUGUGCUCCUACCCGUUUUCCUGGUAUUGGACAGAUUCUGCCGCCGUCGCCCAGAGGACAUCGACGGAUUGCAUCUCAUGGCUCUUGUGUGCGAACACGUAGGCCAUGUGGAGCUUGGCCUUGAGAAGACCGAGCAGGCAAUAGCGAUACUAGAGAAAGUGUACGAAGAAUCCGAGGACCCCAUGGUCGAGAGGCAGUUCGUCGUAGCUAAUACAACUUUGGGUCGCUUGCGUCUCGCGGCCCAGGAUUACUCGGGCGCUGUCGAAUCAUUCGAGACCGUCAUGAACUUACUGGCCGAAGACGAGCAGCCUGCGAGCCGCGUUCUUCGGGUACAGGCGAUGUUCGGCGCUGGCCUCGCGAACUUCAAAACAGGCGAUAUUGCCCGAGCUCAGGAACUGCUUGAACUUGCCUGGGAAACUUCCGCCGAUGACGUAUCACUGAAAGGGCAAGUAGCUGUGUUGCUGGCCCAGGUGUUGUGGGGCAGCAGAACCCCGGAGGCUCAAGAAACAGCGAAGUCCCGUCUUCUCGAAUGCAUUGCAGAUGACCCGGAGAACCUCAUGGCUAUCGCUGUUCUUGCAGGUAUGGGUAUCCUGACCACCGACGAUGAUCUCGUGGACGCAACACUUUCGGAAAUCCUCGCAUUACCUGUUGACAAACGUCAUGCUUUGGAUCCUGCGAGAGACGUGACUCAGUUACUCAUGAAGCAUCAGUUAGACCAAAACAACAUCUCCGAGGCACUUUCGAUUGCCCAGCAUGCCCUCCUGUCUGAGCCUGCCCGCCAGGAGAUGAGGCGAGAGACGGCGUCUCUGACUCUACAGGCAGACGACGCAGGCAGUGCCUUAGCCAUCCUGAGCGGUGCACAAGCUCAGGGUAACAUUGAGGACCUCCUCAAGUCGUCGCGAAUCCGGGCCGUGGCGCUUGCACUCGAGGAGCAAGGAGACUUAGAAGAGGCACGCAAGGUGGCUCAAAAGAGCGUUAUGCUCGCGCCCUGGGACAAGGACAACUGGAGGACACUCGCUUUUACCCAAUGCCGCUCGGUCCAAUAAGGUUAGAUACAUGUCUUGCUGUUACCUGACAGAUUGUAGAUCUGGUGCUGGUGAACAAGAUAAGCAGUGAUGUAGAUUAGUCUAUAUAUGUACUCGUACUGUACGACGACUCGUAGCCUAGGGAGAAUGAAGAGGCUAUUGCCCCG